AUGCCGGAGAUCCGCCUCCGCCAUGUGGUGUCCUGCAGUAGCCAGGACUCGACCUACUGUGCAGAAAACCUUCUCAAGGCAGACACUUACCGUAAAUGGCGAGCAGCCAAGGCGGGUGAGAAGACCAUCUCUGUGGUGCUCCAGUUGGAGAAGGAGGAACAGAUCCACAGCGUGGACAUCGGGAAUGACGGCUCGGCCUUCGUGGAGGUGCUGGUGGGCAGCUCGGCCGGAGGCACUGGGGAGCAGGACUAUGAGGUCCUCCUGGUCACCUCAUCUUUCAUGUCCCCUGCCGAGAGUCGCAGUGGCUCGAACUCCAACCGUGUUCGUAUCUUUGGGCCUGACAAGCUGGUCCGGGCAGCAGCAGAGAAGCGCUGGGACCGAGUCAAAAUUGUCUGCAGCCAGCCCUACAGCAAGGAUGCCCCCUAUGGCCUGAGUUUUGUACGGUUUCACAGCGCCCCAGACAAAGAUGAGGCUGAGGCCUCACCCCAGAAGGUGACCAAGCUCGGCCAGUUCCGUGUGAAGGAGGAGGAUGAGAGUGCCAGCUCCCUGAAACCUGGAGCUCUCUUCUUCAGUCGUAUCAACAAGACACCCCCAGUGGCAGCUAGUGACCCGGCAGGACCCAGCUAUGCAGCAGCUACGCUGCAGGCCUCCAGUGCUGCCGCCUCAGCCUCCCCGGUCUCCAGGGCAGUAGGCAGCACCUUCAAGCCUCAGGAGUCCCCCAAAGGCAAGAGGAAGCUGGAUUUGAACCAAGAAGAAAAGAAGACCCCCAGCAAACCAUCAGCUCAGCCCUCACUACCUGCCCUCAAGAGACCCAAAUUGCCAGCUCCCGCCCGUACCCCAGCCACUCCCCCGACCCCUGCCCCAGCACGAGGGCCGGCACCAGGGAAGCCCCGAGGAGAAGGCGCUGAGCCCAGAGCCCCCCGCGCAGGCCCGCAGGAGCUGGGGAAGAUCCUCCAGGGUGUGGUGGUGGUGCUGAGUGGCUUCCAGAACCCCUUCCGCUCAGAGCUCCGGGACAAGGCCCUUGAGCUGGGGGCCAAGUAUCGACCGGACUGGACUCCAGACAGCACGCACCUCAUCUGCGCCUUUGCUAACACCCCCAAGUACAGCCAGGUCCUCGGCCUCGGAGGCCGAAUCGUGCGCAAAGAGUGGGUGCUGGAUUGUCACCGCAUGCGGCGGCGGCUGCCCUCGCGGAGGUACCUCAUGGCUGGGUCAGGCUCAAGCAGCGAGGACGAGGGGGGCUCUCACAGCGGCGGCAGUGGGGAUGAAGCCCCCAAGGCUCCCCGAAAGCGCCCGCAGACCAAAGCCAAGCCCCCUCAGGCAGCUGGACCCAGCUCACCCCAGAGACCCCCAACCCCAGAAGAGACCAAACCAGCCUCACCAGGGGCCCAGGAAGAGAAUGAUGACACUGAGGCGGAGCAGGCAGAAGGACAGGACAACGGGGCAGAAGACUCUGGGGACACCGAGGACGAGCUGAGAAGGGUGGCCGAGCAGAAGGAACAAAGGCAGCCCCCUGGUCAGGAGGAGAAUGGCGAGGACCCGUACGCAGGAUCCACAGAUGAGAACACGGACCAUGAGGGCCCCCCAGAGUCUCCCGAUCUGCCGAUUCCUGAGCUCCCAGACUUCUUCCAGGGCAAACGCUUCUUCCUUUACGGGGAGUUCCCAGGGGACGAGCGGCGGAGGCUCAGCCGCUAUGUCACAGCCUUCAACGGGGAGCUUGAGGACCACAUGAGUGAGCGGGUCCAGUUUGUGAUCACCGCGCAGGAGUGGGACCCCAGCUUUGAGGAGGCUCUGAUGGACAACCCUUCCCUGGUGUUCGUCCGCCCCCGCUGGAUCUACAGCUGCAGCGAGAAGCAGAAGCUACUUCCCCACCAGCUCUACGGGGUGGUGCCCCGGGCGUGA